AUGCAAACCAAAUUUAAUGAGUAAGAACUCCUACAUAUAAUUAACAACCAUUCUAAAUUAUUUGGUUUGUUUUAAGACCAGAAUUCUAAAUACUCUUAAGUAAUUAUUUUAAUAGGAGUAACCGGCGCUGGCAAGAGUACAUUAUUUAAUUUCUUGAGUGGUGCAGAGUUUGAAAUGAAUGGACCAGAAUCUAGAUAAAACUUAUGUAUUAAAGAUAAAUCAGAAAGAUUUUCUAUCAUAAAAGGAGGAUUGAAAUCAGUCACAAAGAGUCCGAAUUAUUACUUUUCACACUAGUCUAAUUCGCUAUUAAUAGAUUUCCCAGGAUUUUAAGAUACUGAUGGAAAGAUAGAUUAAGUUCUCACAUAAUUAUUAUUUUAUUAAAUCGUAAAAUCUGCAAAUGUGAGAAUUGUAUAUGUUAUUAAACAUCUAGAAAAUCAAUUUAAUAAUAGAGGAACUUCGUUAUAAUAAUUCAUAAGUUAAACAUUUUAAGGUGAAAAUUUUGAUAUAUCCUAAAUAUGUUUGAUGUUAAAUUGCUAUAAUGAUAAUUUAACAGAUGAGAAUUUAAUCACGAAUGUUCAAAGUUAACUAGAAAGGAUUUAUAAUUGUAGGCCUCAAAACAUUUGUGUAAUGAGAAAAAUUUCAAAAAAUUAAGAUAUUGAACAAAUUUUAACACCUCAAAAAAGAAAUUAUCUGUUUUAAUAAUUUUUAAAAUCUAAUCCAGUCCUUAUCUCUCUUAAAUAUGUACCUAACUGCGAAAAAAUUGGUCUGCAGUUGAGUGAAAAAAGUGAAUAAAUUUUAGAUUAAUUAUGUUCAACUUUAGAAAAUAAUUUAAAUGAUAAUUUAGAAAAAUUAACCUGUGAAUAAGUUAAUAAUUUAGAAUAAUCUUUAAAAUAGAUAUCACUUUUCCUCAAUAAUCAAAAAAAAGACAUGGUUAAUUGGUUUUAAGAAUUAAUUAAUUAUUUUGUAAAAUCAAUUUCACUUUUAAAUUUCUAAAAUUAAAAAUGUUAAGAUUACUCAAAUUUUAUGACAAUAUUGAGUUUUUUUGCCUAACUCUCUGAAUUUAUCCCUGGUUAUGAAGAUAUAAAAAAUAAUUGCAAAAUUGCUUAAGAGAAGUGUGAAAAUAUCAUUAGGAUAAUUAAAGGUAAACUUGAUCUUAUUUAAAAAUAACAAGAUCUUUUGAAGGUUGAGAAGGAAAAAAUGAAAGAAUCCUAAUUAAGGCUUCGAGCAGAUGAAAAUAGUUAAAAGUAAUCUCAAUUAGCAUAAUAAGCUUCAUAAAACUUAUCACAGCAUUUAAUUGUAUAUCAGAAUACAUAAAAUGAUUUGAAUAAAGAAAGGCAGGAAAAAUUUGAAAUUCAAACUCAAUAACAGAUAUUAAUCCAAUAGUUUUAAUAAUAAUAAGAUGAAAAUCAAAGAAUAGAAAAAGAUAAAAUUAAUAUGAAAAAUACAUUGGAAACAGAGAAUUUAAGGUAUUAAUCAAGAAUAUAAGAAGUUGAUAAAUAGAAUUAGGAUAAUUCGACAGAAUUAAAACAAAUAAGUUAAACACUCUCCAAUGUCUAAACUUAAAAUUAAGCUGAAAAUGAAAAAUUAGAGAAGAUGCUAAAUGAUAUGUUAUCUGAGCACAAAGAACUAGCAAAGCUUGUAUAAGAAGAACUUAUUAAAAAGGAUGAGUUGAUGUAGUUAAUACAAGAUUGUCGCAACGAUUAAGGAGAAUUAGAAAAGAAAAUACGAGAAUUAGCCUGUAGAAUCCGAUCCUCAUGCUAAUUGAUUUGA